UCUUUGCUUUUGUUUAUAAGCUACAUUUUGGCUGCUGAUCCCAAAGUUUAUUUAAUUUCCUGGCUAAAACUUCUUCAAGUUUAGGUUUUCUCUAGGGGGUGUCUUUUAGAUCCCUACAAUAUGGGAAGACAACCUUGCUGUGACAAGAUAGGACUCAAAAGGGGUCCCUGGACAAUAGAAGAAGAUCAUAAGCUAAUGAAUUUCAUCCUCAACAAUGGUAUACAAUGCUGGCGCCUUGUGCCAAAACUAGCAGGGCUAAUGAGAUGUGGGAAGAGCUGUAGAUUAAGGUGGAUAAAUUAUCUAAGGCCAGACCUCAAAAGAGGAGCUCUCACAGAAGCAGAGGAAGACAUGAUCAUCAAGCUUCAUUCUCAACUUGGCAAUAGGUGGUCAAAAAUAGCCGCGCAUUUUCCAGGGCGCACAGACAAUGAAAUCAAGAAUCAUUGGAAUACAAAGAUCAAAAAGAAGCUAAAAUUUCUUGGCUUAGACCCUUUGACACACAAACCCCUUGAGCAACCUGAUCCUAAAAAUGAUGAUAAUAAGCAACAACUUUCUUCAGAAAAUGAAGAGUUCAAUGAGAAGGGGAAAUUGCCAGAAACUUUACCUCCUUUUGACUAUCCACAGGAGCAGCAAAAUAUUCAAAAUUCAACAUCUAGUUCCAGCUUAAAUGAAAUGACAGAGAGUUCGGAAAUGGGGUCAAGUGAAAUAUUCCAAAAUUUGGGUACAUUUUCAAGGGACAUGUAUAAUCCAGGAGUUGAAGAUCCUUUCCAAAAUUGGAUUGGUAGUCCAAUUCGUUGGGAUCUUUUCGACAACCUAGAAGAUAAUUUUCUAUGAGGAACAAAAAUUUUGAUUUAGAAUUAUUCCCUUGCUUGCAGUUAUGUUGGCCUUCAAAUAUAUCGUGACAUCCGUGUCGAAUCUUUCGAAAAUGCUUAGUUUUUGGAGAAUACGAUACUUGUAUGAUUGCAUUUUUGGAGGAUCCGAGUAACAUAAGUUGCCACUACUCGAGUUGUGUAUUGACACAAUCUAUUCGAUUCAAUUGUACAAUCCAGGACUGAUCGGCAUUUUUUUUUUUCCAUUUUUCUUGGUAUCUUGGAUGGAUGGUUCUAGCUUGUUCGAAUAAAAAUCUUCAAGAUGUCACCUAGAAUAUCUUUGCCAGCCACAAAAUUUGUCUUUAAAUAGAGGUAUAUUUUCUUUACCUAAA